UCGUCUGCAGUCUGCGCUGCCGUAGUUGGACGGAUCAGUCGACGUCGACGGUCCUUGGGUUAUGACUCGGACUUUAUAGUAGACAGCUAACACUAGCUCGACCGUUAGCGGGCUCUCAGGAGAACGUUAGGCGAUAGAGAGGAACUGCGUGCGCCGUCGCUUUCUUCGGUUAUAAACCCGCGUGCGUCGCCUGCCUUAACAACACUUGACGAGAUGACGCUGGCGUUGUUCUGUGUUUUCCGGUAAUGGGAGCGGACUCAACUUGAGCUAGGCGGCUAGCUUAGCGUGUUACCCACCAAACUUGUGAAUCUCAGAACUCGGCGUGCGCGGGCCACGACAGCCUCGGCCGGCUCACCGGAGAGCGCAGCUAGCCGCGAGGUCGCUAGCCGCAGCGUGCGCGGGACCGGGCGCAAGGCGGGUCAAGGCGGUCGGGACGUUUUGCUAGCGCCGCGAAGCGAGGCGGUUCCGGAUUGGUUCACCAUGGAAAAGCCCCAGUCGGACACGCUCGGGUUCGCUCCGCAGAAAGACAUCGUGUACAACAAACUCCUGCCGUACGCGGACAGACUCGACGCCGAGUCCAACGACCUUCUGAGCAAAAUCAAAGGCAACCUGAGCCGCGCGGUCCAGCUCAGGGAGAUCUGGCCCGGGGUGCUGUUCUGGACGAGGAAACUUUCCACGUACAUGAGACUGUAUGGGCGGAAGUUCAGCAAAGAGGACCAUGUGCUGUUCAUCAAGUUGCUCUAUGAGCUAGUGAUGAUCCCCAAACUGGAGAUCAGCAUGAUGCAGGGCCUUGCUCGGCUGCUCAUCAACCUCCUCAAGAAAAGGGAACUACUGUCAAGGGAGGACCUUGAGCUGCCGUGGAGACCACUGUACGAGCUGCAUGACCGGAUUCUGUUCUCGAAAACAGAGCAUCUGGGCCUCAACUGGUUUCCCAAUUCUCCACGGCCUCGUUCAUCCUCUAAACUCAUAAUGCUUAAAUUGGUUCAGAGGUGCUCCGUGGAAAGUGUGUUGAAAACACUUGUGAAAAGCUGCAGACCAUAUUUUUCUGAGUCGGCCACUCAGGAGAUGCUGGACGAAUGGAGACCACUCCUCUGUCCGUUUGAUGUCACCAUGCAAAGAGCAAUCAGCUACUUUGAGCUCUUUCUCCCCACGACUCUGCCUCCGGAGCUGCAUCACACAGGGUUCAAGUUGUGGUUUGAUGAACUGAUCAGUUUAUGGGUGUCUGUGCAAAAUCUUCCGAGCUGGGAAGUGCAUCUGGUCAGUCUUUUUGCUCGCUUGGCCAAUGACAACAUCGGAUACAUCGAUUGGGACCCGUAUAUCCCCAAGAUUUUCACAAGAAUUUUGAGAAGUUUGAAUCUCCCCGUGGGAACCAGUCACAUGAUGGUACCGCGAUACCUCACCAAUGCCUACGACAUCGGCCAUGUGGUGCUUUGGGUCUCUUCCCUCCUGGGAGGACCCAGCAAGCAAACGCAAGCACAACUCAGUGGCCUUUUCAACAGUAUUACAUCCUUCUUCCACCCAUCAAACCAUGGCCGCUGGUUGAUGAAGCUCAUGAAGCUGCUCCAGCGUCUGCCGGCCAGCGUGGUACGCCGGCUGCACCGAGAACGAUACAGAAAGCCCACGUGGUUAACGCCCAUACCUGACGGCCACAAGCUGACAGAGGAGGAUAUCACCAACUUUGUGGAGAGUAUGAUGCAGCCCGUCCUGCUGGCCAUGUUCAGCAAGACGGGCAGCCUGGAUGCAGCCCAGGCCUUGCAAAACUUGGCUCUAAUGAGGCCCGAGUUGGUCAUUCCGCCUGUGCUGGAGAAAACCUACCCUGCUCUGGAGACUCUAACAGAGCCCCACCAGCUGACAGCCACCCUGAGCUGCAUGAUUGGUGUGGCACGGAGCCUAGUGUCAGGUGGCCAGCGCUUUCCCGAGGGGCCCACUCACAUGCUGCCCCUGCUCAUGAGGGCUCUGCCUGGCGUUGACCCAAACGACUUCAGCAAGUGCAUGAUCACAUUCCAGUUUAUCGCUACAUUUGUGACUCUUGUGCCUUUGGUGGACUGUUCAUCUGCCCUACAUGAAAGAACUGACUUAACAGAGGUGGAAAGAGAGAUGUGCUCAGCCUCAGCGGAGUUCGAAGACUUUGUGCUCCAGUUCAUGGACAGAUGUUUCGCCCUGAUAGACAGCAGCACCCUGGAGCAAACUCGUGAGGAAACCGAAACGGAGAAAAUGACUCAUUUGGAGAGUCUUGUAGAGCUCGGCCUGUCCUCCACCUUCAGUACAAUCCUCACACAGUGCUCGCUGGACAUCUUCAAGGUGGCUCUUGUGAAAGUGUUCAACUUUGCAACCACCAACAUCUUUGAGACGCGUGUUGCUGGGAGGAUGGUGGCCGACAUGUGCAGAGCUGCCUCAAAGUGUCACCCUGCAGAGUCUCUCAAGAUGUUUGUGCCACACUGCUGCAAUGCCAUAAACCAAAUCGCUGUCAACGAGGAAGUGCUUAAUGACGAGGAGCUUGACAAGGAGUUGCUGUGGAAUCUCCAGCUCCUUUCUGAGGUGACCCGGGUGGAUGGUGACAAGGUCCUGCCCUAUCGGUCGGACCUGGUCCAGAUUUUGCAGUUGACACUCCACCUCAAGUGUAAGCAGGGCUACACUCUCGCCUGCAACCUGCUCCAUCACAUCCUCCGUUCCACUGCCCUCACCUACCCCACAGAGUACUGCAGCGUGCCCGGGGGCUUUCACCAACCAAUCAGUGACUAUCUACCCAUCAAGGACUGGGGUCGGCCUGGGGACCUGUGGAAGCUGGAUAUCCGGUGGCAUGUGCCCAGUGUUGAGGAGACCUCUUUUGCUUUUUAUUUACUGGACUUGAUCCUCCAGCCUGAGCUUCAGCGCCUUCAGAGAUUUGCUCAGGGAGAACAAGACAUGAGCAGAGAUGAUGUCCUUCAAAGCCUGACCAUUGUUCAGCACUGCCUUCUAGGUGCUGGGGGUCUGAUGCCUCCACUGAAAGGAGUGCCCAUCCCCGAACUAGUCCACAGCAUGGCGAAUCUCGAUGAGACCAUCCUCUAUACAGGAAUGGAGUAUGAUCAGUCCAGAGAGAACUACAGAGACGCUAUCUGUGGUGUAAUGAGACAGCUGCUGCAUUACAUCCUGGAGCACUCUGAAGAUGACACCAAGUCUCUUUUCUCCAUCAUCAAGAUUAUCAGCGACCUGAUGCACUUCAAAGGUUCUCACAAACAUGAGUUUGACUCCCGCUGGAAGAGCUUCAACCUUGUGAAGAAAUCGAUGGAAAACAGACUUCACGGCAGAAAGCAGCACAUCAGAGCCCUGCUAAUAGACAGAGUAAUGCUCCAGCAUGAGCUGCGAAAACUGACAGUGGAAGGAUGUCAGUACAGGAGCAUUCACCAGGAUCUGAUGAGAGAUCUGUUGAGGCUUUCCACAAGCACCUACAGUCAAGUGCGCAGCAGAGCUCAAAACGUGUUGUUUACUGCACUGGGAACCUACAAUUUCUGCUGCAGAGAUCUAAUCCCCCACGUCCUACAGUUUCUCAACCCGGACAACAGCAGCGUAACACAGCAACAGUUCAAAGGUGCCUUGUACUGUCUCCUGGGGAAUCACAGCGGGGUGUGCCUGGCCAAUCUGCACGACUGGGACUGCAUCGCCCUGACGUGGCCCGCCAUUGUGCGCUCUGGCCUCAGCUCGGCCAUGUCUCUGGAGAAGCCCUCCAUUGUGCGGCUCUUCGAUGACCUCGCAGACAAAAUCCAUCGCCAGUACGAGACUAUCGGCAUGGACUUCUCUAUCCCUGCUGAGUGCUGUGCUGUGGCCAAACAACUCAUGAUCACUGGAAAUCCUUUUCCUGAGGACCCCGUCCCCUCGGAGGAAGAAUCAGCAGACGGUCUAAAGAGGCAGGAGCUCAAAAACUCUGAGUCUGUUGAGAAAUACAAAAACCUCAUCGGUGAUCUGCUGGACUACCUCAGCAAUAGAAACAUGCCUUGGAAGUUUGAACACAUUUCAAUUGGCUUCCUGUCAUUGCUCCUGAGAGACGACCACGAACUCCCACCGCCUGCUGUCAUGUUCUUUGUCAAAAGCCUCAACCAUGACUCCCUCUAUGUUCGCAAGGUGGCAAUAUCAGCCGUAGCGGGGAUCAUGAAACAGAUAAAGAGACCACACAAGAAAGUCCCCGUCAACCCCACUGAGCUUUGUGGAGUGAAGGAGCUAAGUGACACAGUAGCAGGGGACCGUCCGGACAACCAGUGGCUCCAGUACAACAGCAGCAGCCUGCCCCGCACACAGCAGGACUGGGAUCACAGCACGUUUGUGGAAAAGACUCACUGGGGAUACUACUGCUGGCCAAGAAAAUUGAUGAUGUAUGCACCGCUGGACGAGCAACCUAAACAGAACCUGACCAGAGAUGAGAUGACAGAACGGGAGCAGAUAAUCUUCGACCAUUUCUCAGACCCAGUAUUCAUCAACCAGUUCAUCGAGUUUCUGUCCCUCGAGGACCGUAAGGGAAAGGACAAGUUCAGCCCUCGCAGGUUCUGUUUGUUCAAGGGAUUGUUCCGCAAUUUCAGCGACGUCUUUCUGCCCGUGCUGAAGCCCCACAUGGAGCGCCUGGUGGCAGACUCCCACGAGAGCAAGCAGCGGUGUGUUGCGGAGAUCAUCUCUGGGCUGAUCAGAGGCUGCAAACACUGGAGCUACUCAAAGGUUGAGAGUCUUUGGGAGCUGCUUUGUCCGCUGCUCCGCACUGCCCUGUCAAACAUCACCAUAGAAACGUACGCAGACUGGGGCACCUGCAUCGCCACAGCCUGUGAGAGCAGAGACCCACGCAAGCUUUACUGGCUGUUUGAGAUGCUAAUGGAGUCUCCAGUCAAUGGCGAGGGGGGCUCCUUUGUGGAUGCCUGCCGUCUGUACGUGCUGCAGGGAGGCCUGGCUCAGCAGGAGUGGCGCGUACCAGAGCUCCUGCACAGGUUGCUACAAUACCUGGAGCCCAAACUCACACAGGUCUACAAGAAUGUACGGGAGCGAAUUGGCAGCGUGCUCACCUACAUCUUCAUGAUCGACGUGAACUUACCAUACACCCAGCCGACCACUUCUCCGCGCAUCUCUGACUUCACCGAGCGGAUUCUGUUGCAGCUGAAGCCUCUGACCGAGGGCGACGAGGAGAUCCAGAACCAUGUGAUCGAGGAGAAUGAGGGGGGAGUGCAGGAUGAGAGGACACAGGCCAUUAAGCUGCUCAAGACAGUGCUAAAGUGGCUGAUUGCAAGUGCUGGUCGCUCCUUCUCCACUGCUGUGCCAGAACAGCUGCGGUUGCUCCCCCUGCUUUUCAAGAUCGCUCCAGUUGAGAAUGACGACAGUUACGAUGAGCUGAAGAGGGACGCUAAGACCUGCCUGUCUCUGAUGUCUCAGGGACUCCUCUACCCAGAGCAGAUCCCCAUGGUCCUCAGUGCUCUGCAGGAGAUUGCUGGCAGCAGCUCUUGGCACGCUCGCUACACGGUGCUCACAUACCUCCAGAUCAUGGCUUUUUACAACCUGUUCACCUUCAUGAGUGACCAGAAGGCGGUGAGCGACGUGCGGUCACUGGUGAUACGGCUGCUGGAGGACGAGCAGCUGGAGGUGAGAGAAAUGGCCGCAACUACACUCAGUGGCUUCCUUCAGUGCAACUUCCUGUCCAUGGAUGCCCUCAUGCAGGCACAUUUCGAGGCCCUCUGCAAGACUUCCUUGCCCAAGAAGAGGAAGAGGGAGCUGUGCUCUAUAGGGGACACUAUUCCCUCUGCUGACCUGGUGCGGCGCCACGCUGGUGUCCUCGGGUUGAGUGCUUGUAUCCUCUCCAGCCCGUACGAUGUGCCCACCUGGAUGCCGCAGCUCUUGAUGGACCUCAGCGCUCACCUCAAUGACACACAACCCAUUGAAAUGACUGUGAAGAAAACGCUGUCAAACUUCAGACGGACUCACCACGACAACUGGCAGCAACACAAGCAGCAGUUCACAGAUGACCAGCUGCUUGUCCUGACUGACCUGCUGGUCUCCCCCUGUUAUUAUGCCUAAAACCUGGUAAAGCGUAUUAACUUGAUGACAUAAAUAUCACUGAAUGUGUUCAUAGGCACGCCCAAAAAGACAUUAAAACAUGGUUAUAAUUCAUUACUGAAGACCGUCAAACGAAGGUGCUGAAGAGGGACAGGAGGUAAACUCCUGAAGCCACCUUUUUUCUACAGCUACGUUUGCAUGUGUCUCUCUUGUAUCCGCCUGGGACGACCCAGACUGAUACAAGCCUGCAUCGUGGAGAAGGAUCCAGUCCCUGACUGACAAGUCAGGUCCCAGCAUCACCCAGAGUAAAGAAUGGCACUCAAAUCAGCUGAGUUGUGGCACACAGGAUGACUGUAUUUAGCUCAUUUACAUUUCUACUAUCCUUAAUAUUUAAGGAUCAAUCAUGGCAGGAAUGAAUGACCUGCAGUUUGUAACAUUACUGUACAGUUUUAUUUCCCCCUUUUUUUUCCUUCGCUUUUUUGGGUUUGUUUGUGCACGGAUGUAAAUGUGUGUGGCGUGUAAAUGGGAUGCUUGAAGACAUCUACCGGUGUCCCACACAUUUCUCAGGAUCAUAUCCCAAGAAUCGACUGAGCCAACACCAUGUCCGAUGUCGGACAUUCUCUUUACUUUCUUCCAUUAGUGAAGUGUUGGUCACAAGCCACCGAGAACUGACUAUGGAAGAAUGGUUUCUUUAGAUGAGACUUGAGCCUGCAACACACAAUGUUUGUGUGGCUGUUUGAUCUAUAAUCGAUUAUAUGCAUCAUGUAUGUAUAUAUCACGGUAUAGCAAAUAUGCACAAACAUAUUUAUUUAUUUAUUUGACUUGCUUUUUUUUGAAGUGCUAACUUUUAUUCUUUUUUCCAUUGGAUGUAUUUCUGAGAGUGUUUAGGUGGCUGAACUUUUUAGCAGUGGGGUCUAUUCUCAUCUACUCCUGCAAGAAAGGGAGAGGGCAAGCUCCCCGCUGCUGUGCUGUGUGUGAUGCGUUUGCUGUGUGGACCUGAGCACAGUUUGAUUACCGUUCCAUGUAUCUCGGUGCAAGAAUAUAACCAAACUGCCUGUCCAUAAAUGUGACCUCUUCUCUGUUAUCCUCACUCAAAUUUUUCUUUUCUAAAACCCAGUGAAUGAAAUUUUUGUUUUUUGCUCACGUUUUCCCCUGAUGACUUGAAAUCAGUCAAAGUAUUGAAGCAUUUAGUACCUCACUCAUGUAUAGUGUAGUGCCAAAACUGCAGUGAUUCCCCCCCUUUUUUUUAGAUGUACCGUUUGCUUAUUGACUGAGAUGACAAUAAAUUGUUUCUAACAAAAACUA